AUGGGUCUCGGUAUUCUUGAACCCCAUCACCAUACGGACAGUGUGCCUGGAACUGUUGUUCUCGGAGCCGAAGAGGCCGAACGCAUCCAUGACGACCGAACACUGAAGCGUGGCACUGGGAAAUACAGCGACAUCAUUCUCACACCGCAACCUUCUGACGACCCAAACGAUCCCUUGAACUGGCCGCAGUGGAAGAAAUACAUUGCCUCCUUAAUCCUCGUCCUUGGUUCCUGUCUGUGCGCUAGCUGCACUGGACCUUUGCUCAAUGCAAGUCUCGCUGUCCUCGCCGUUCAGUUCAAUCGACCGAUUGGAGACAUAACCGUCCUUUCGGGGUACCAACUCCUGGUCGCAGGUGCAUCAGGUCCCGCUGUAUCGGCUUUGUCAAGGAAGUAUGGGAAGCGUCCUGUCUUCUUCUUUUCGUCUCUGGCCUGCCUCUUUGGCACCAUUAUCGGAUCCACCAGCACGACCUACAACACUCUCCUUGCCAGUCGCAUCGUUCAAGGCUUUUCUCUUGCUGCGUAUGAGUCACUCGUCUUUACCAGUAUCGGCGAUCUCUUCUUUGUCCACGAACGCGGUCUUUGGACCAUGGUCAUGGCGUUUACGCUGAAUUGCGUGUCGAAUCUCAGCUCGGUUGUUGCGGGUAGAAUCACGUUAAGCCUGGGCUGGCAUUAUCUUUUCCACAUCCUCGCCGCGUGCGUUGGAUUCCAGCUGCUUCUUCUAUUCUUCUUUGUCCCGGAGACUUCCUACGUUCGCAACCCUCAACCUGGGCACCAUGUGAUCAACGUGGACACUGAGGGUGUCACGGAGAAGCCCGCUACAGAGGGAGAAGACGCGUGCCGAGUGGAAAAUGUCGAGUCUAUACCGAGUAUCCUCCCAAGGAAGAGUUUCUGGCAAGAAUUGGCUCUCUUCAACGGCAGCUUCACCGAUGAAAACCUCUUUGAGCUCACUAUCUCACCAUUCGUGGCUUGCACAAAUCUCGCAGCUCUCUGGACCGUCUUCGUCGGUGGAUCUGUGACAUCCUUUUAUGUUGCUAUCGCGUACGUGAUCGCUCAGCUAUUCUCGCCACCUCCUUAUUUACUUUCCGUCGCCGAGGUUGGCUACAUGUCCUUGGGUCCUUUUAUCGGUGGCGCCAUCGGCUCAGUCAUCGUGGGUGCGCUCCUAGACCCCCUGAGUCUUUGGAUGGCCAAGAGGAACAAGGGAGUCUUUGAGCCGGAAUUUCGCCUAGCUUUGACGCCCUUGGGUGUCCUCUGCGGAGCUGGCCUUUUCGGCUUCGGUGCUGUGUCCUACGCUCAAGGUAGCAUUUAUCUUGUCGCCUUCAUGUGGGGACUGAUGCUCUGCGGAACUUCCUUCAUCAUCGGUCCCUGUUCUGCCUAUACCAUUGAUGCCUUUCGCGGCAUGAGCGGCGAGAUCUUCAUUGCUAAUGUCAUGGUCAAGAACUUCCUGUUCUAUGGUUACACCUACUUCAUGAAUGAUUGGACUGCAUCGGCUGGCGCGAGAGCGCCCUUCUUCACCUUUGGUGGGAUUAGUCUCGGGCUUGUGUUGUCUACAGUAUUGGUCUAUGUGUUUGGGAAACGGUACAGGGGAUUUUGGCACAAGCAUAACAUGGAAAAGUUCAACAUCAAGACUCAUCCGGAUAUGUAA